AUGGGCUCUCCCAAGUAUUGCACAUUAGAACCAAUUGAAGAAUUACCCCAAUUAGAAGAAUCACAAGCUGGCUUGACUAAUUUAAUUACUGAUUUAAGUCAUUUAAUUGAUGAUCGUCAAUCGACCGAUUUAAUUAUUUAUGUCGGCGAGAAUAAGACACCAUUUUAUACCCAUCGAUUGAUCAUUUGGGCACGAUGUAAAGGCUUUCGAAAUCAACAUCCCUCCAUUCUAUCUCAAUCGCAUGGCUGUCAAUCGCCUGCUAUCAUUAACAAACCCUAUCUCAAUGCCCAAUAUUUCCAACAAGUUGUCGAUUAUUUAUAUAUUGGCAAGAUUAAUCUAGAUAGCUCCAAAGUCUUUCCAAUCUUGGCGAUAGCUGACGAUUUUGGCAUCGCUAGCCUGCAAAGUGCUUGUGUUGAUCAAAUUAACUCUCAAAGAACUAUUGAUAAUGCUAUUAGCUACUAUAUGGUGAUAAGGGAUAUUAUUUUAUCCAAUGAUAGCGAAUGGCCGGCUGUGAAUGAGGUCAAGAAAAGCUGUCUAACAUUUAUCGAUGAAAAUGCCGAAGAUGUAACCAAUACUGAAUCAUUCCUACACUUAAGCAAUGAAUCAUUAAUUGAAUUAGUAGGCAGGGAUGAUUUUGCGUUAUCUGAAGAGGAAAUAUGGAGAUCAGUAUUACGCUGGGCUAAAAAUAAAGCUGAUGUAACAGGUCAAAUCAAGUCAUGGAAUGAUAGUGAAAAGAUGGCUGUAUCGCAUCAUUUAUCAAAGGUGAUCCACUGUAUUAAAUUAUUGCUAAUUGAUAGCGAAGUAUAUGCACAAGAAAUUGAACCUACUGGUGCUGUUCCGAUGAAAUUGUCAUUAGAAAGAUAUCGUUUUGCUGCUGUACCUGCUGCUUUCAAUACUGCUACUGAUAAUCGCCUUCAACCAAGAAAGAUGAAGACACUAUUUUCAGGAUCAGUCCUUUUAAGUGGCGAUAAUUUAUACUUGCAAAGCAUUUUAAACGGAUGGUAUGGCAAUGAAUUACAGCAAUGGAAGCUUAUAUUUCGUGCAUCACGCGAUGGAUUUAGUGCAAGACAAUUUCAUGUAUAUUGCGAUAAUAUUGAUCCGACGUUCGUAAUUGUUAGGGGGCCCGAUGAUAAUCUAUGUGGUGGUUUUAGCGAUCAACCGUGGAGCAGAAAAGGAGCAUCUGGCAGCUACACAAGAUCAUCAAAGGCAUUUAUAUUCACAUUAACAAAUCAACAGGACAUGCCACCAAGUCGAUUCGAUAUUACGCAAGAAAAGUACGCAUUAGUGUACGAUGAAGAGUAUGGUCCAACCUUUGGAGCAGGAGCAGAUUUAUGCAUAGCAUCGAAUUGUGAUAGCAAUGAUCAGUCGUAUUCGAACUUUCCGUACUCAUUUGAAGGUCUAAAUGCUUCUGUUAACCUACUUAUGGGAUCAUACAACUUUUACGUUAAGGAUUACGAAGUUUUUACUAUUAAGUAAACGUUACUACAAGUGUUACAUUAAACUGCACCUUAUAAAGACAUUAACGUAAAAAUAUUUGAUCCCGAUAAACCAAAUUAUUUAUUUUUGUUAAUUCUUAAAUCGAUCUUAUAUUAGAAUGUUUCUAUAAGUAAAUAGCCCAUCUUUGAACAAGUAUAUGAGUAUAAAUGCUAUGGUAAUUGCUAUAAAUCUCGGUCACUUAUGUCAAACUUUUCUUCAUUAUUUUAGUUCAUUAAUAGGCCACAGAAACUGUUUCAUUAUUUGUCUGAGCUAUCGAUUGUAUUAUAAUAGUAUAAAAAUCCAUCAUAUAGAUAUUACUAUACGUAAAAGAAAGUAAUAUUGAUGUAGAAAUGUAAAAUUCACUUUCAGAUUUUAUCGAGAAUAGAAUUAAUUGAGUUCUAGUGUCAUAUUCAC